AUGUCGAUCAUCCGUCCGUUCGAAGCGACGGACAUACAGAAGUUCCACACCGUCAACGCGGACCCGUGGACGGCGACGUACCACAACGGCUACUAUGCGCAGUACCUCGCGCAAUGGCCUGAUCUGUGCUAUGCAGCUCAAGGAGCAUUCGAGGACAAUGUCGGGGCAUACAUGAUUGCCAAGCACGAGCCGCCCCCGCCCAACAAGGACCACCACGGGCAUCUGACCGCUCUGUCGAUCUCGCCGGCGUUCCGCGGUCUCGGCCUCGCACGCGUGUUCAUGGCCAUUUUAGAGCGGUUGUCGUCGGACGGCACGGCCGGCUGGGCUCCCGAGCCCGCGGACGAGAAGGAGAAGCAGGAGCUGGGCAAGGACUGCGUCGACUCGUUCUUCGUCGACCUGUUUGUGCGUUGUAACAAUGGCCGCGCAAUCGAUAUGUACGAGAAGCUCGGGUACAGCGUGUUCCGGAGGGUUGUUGACUACUACCACGGCAUGGAGGGUGUGGGCUCAACUCGCGACGAGCUCGACGGAUACGACAUGCGCAAGUCGAUGCCGAAAGACAAGAACGGCGAGUACGUGCGCGAGAACGGGAAGGAGGUGCUCGUCACGCCGGCCGAGGUGUGGGCGUAG